AUGUACCCUACCGUCGCUCAGCCGGCUAAAAAGUCUCGCUCGAACUCGUCGCAGACCAUCGCCGCCGACUCUGACGAAGACACGAUUUGCGCGUGCACCGUGAUACACCUCGUCAAGACCCAGGAGAAGCUCGUCCAGAUCCAGCAGGAGCAACUCCAGGCCCAGAAGCAGAUUCUCAAGUCACUCGCCAAAUUGGCCCAGAAGCUCGACGAGAUCAACGGCGUCUUGCGCCUCAACACGCUCAGGGACGUCUCGGACCUUCAGACCAUGCCGCCUCUGAAGGCCAAGAAAUUCAUCGAGGUGCUGGGCGACCUUCCUCAUUCCACCGUGGCUCUGGGAAAUCUCGAAAAUGCCAUCGAGAUGGCUAUCGCCGCAGAAGUCAAGAAACCCCGAUCGGUCUUGGACGAAGUACUUGGGUUCUCUUGA